AUGCUUUCACGGGCGUCCCUUCAGCAGGGGACAGUUUAUGACCUCUUUAUUAAAGAGCAAGGCGACGUCUCUGGCUUUCUCGGGCCCCAGGGGCGGCUGUGUUCCGCUGGAGGUCUCGCCGCGAUCGGAGCCUACCUGGGAGAGAGUGUGUGUGAGCGCCGGGCACCUGGGCGGUCUGAGGGUGGAGGCGGCAGGCUCGGGAGUCGUGUCCGACUCUUUGCGACCCCCUCGAUGGUAGCCCUCUCCUCUGUGUAUGGCAUGUUCCAGGCGAGGAUGACCACAAGCGGGUCACCCCCCUUCCCGGGGGAUCUUCGGGCCCGGGUCUCCCGGGCGCCCCGCAGCGGUGGGUGGAUUCUUUGCCACGGAGCCAGCCGGGACGCCCCAGGGGAAACACGCAAAGGAAACCUUAAGACUCGGGCCGCGGUGAAGACGGCCGUGUGA